CAAACAGCGGCGAUGGCGGCGGCGCGGCACAGCCCGCGGCUCUGAGGGCAGCGGCAGCCCCGGCCCGGCCCCGGCCGCGCACCCCCGCCGGCGCUGACACUCGCGGCGAAACCCCCGGGCCGGGAACGAGGAGGAGGAAGGUCGCCGGCCGGAGCCCCGGGGCGGCUUCGGGACCGCGGGGCUCUCCCCGUGUCCGGUCGGGGCGCGGAGGAGGCGCCGGAGCGCGGCGGCGGAGCGGGCCCCGCACGGGAUGAGCCGCCGCGCCGCCAGCACUGCCGGCCCCGCGCAGGAGUGGCCUGACCUGGAGGACCCUUCCUUCUUGUGGCAAGAAAUAAGUCUUUCAGAUGAGCCAGGCUAUCUGUAGAUGUCCAGACGGAUCACACAGGAUCACUUUAUUUUGCUUAAAUGGUUUCUGACUAAUCUACUAAGAAGGCAAAAUGGAGAUUAAUUAUUGCCAUAUGCAAUGGACACUGAUCUCAGUUCCCAGGACAGGAAGGACCUGGACAAGUUCAUCAAAUUUUUUGCUUUAAAGACAGUACAAGUAAUUGUCCAGGCCCGACUUGGAGAGAAAAUCUGUACCCGCUCAUCAUCCUCCCCAACAGGUUCUGACUGGUUCAAUUUAGCAAUCAAAGAUAUACCAGAGGUUACUCAUGAAGCAAAGAAAGCCCUGGCAGGACAGCUGCCUGCUGUUGGACGGUCUAUGUGCGUGGAGAUUUCCCUCAAAACCUCAGAGGGGGACUCCAUGGAGCUGGAAAUUUGGUGUCUAGAAAUGAAUGAGAAGUGUGACAAAGAAAUCAAAGUUUCAUACACUGUAUACAACAGGCUGUCUCUACUGCUGAAGUCUUUGCUUGCUAUAACCAGAGUAACUCCAGCCUACAGACUCUCUAGGAAACAAGGCCAUGAAUAUGUAAUAUUGUACAGGAUAUAUUUUGGUGAAGUCCAGCUGAGUGGCUUGGGAGAAGGUUUCCAGACAGUCCGUGUUGGGACAGUGGGUACCCCAGUGGGCACCAUCACUUUGUCUUGUGCCUACAGAAUCAACCUUGCUUUCAUGUCAACCAGGCAGUUUGAGAGGACCCCUCCUAUCAUGGGGAUUAUAAUUGAUCACUUUGUGGACCGUCCCUAUCCCAGCUCUUCACCCAUGCAUCCCUGCAAUUACAGAGCUGGUGAGGACAAUGGUGCAGUAUACCCCUCAGUAGAAGAUUCCCAAGAAGUGUGUACCACAUCUUUUUCCACCUCUCCUCCAUCUCAGUGUGUUUUUACUGUCACAAAGGCACAUUUUCAGACCCCUCCUCCUGUGGUGACGGACACCUUGAAGGUCCCAGUGAUGGGGCUGGCCUUUUCCCAUCAACUUUCCAGCUCUCGUCUUUCCUAUCAGCCUGCUGCCCUGGGAGUUGGAUCAGCUGACAUGGGGUAUCCUGUACUCUUUGCUGGUGGCUUGAAUGCUGCACACCCUCACCAGUUGAUUGGUCCAGGCAAAGAAGGGGGAGUUCCCCCAGUUCCUAGCCAGCCUGCACAUGGCACUCAAGCUGACCAAGAGAGGAUGUGCACCCCACUGGAUGGAGUCCAUUACUCAGCAGUUACUCCUUCUAGCAGUGAGGACACAGAAACAGUAUCCAACAGCAGUGAAGGAAAGUGUGGCUCCCCACAAGACCUUUUAGAGACCAUCUUUAUCCGGAAGGUGGGAGCUUUUGUCAACAAACCCAUUAACCAGGUGACCAUGGCCAACUUAGACAUUCCUUUUGCCAUGUUUGCUCCCAAGAAUGUUGAGCUGGAAGAUAACGACCCCAUGGUCAAUCCUCCUGAAUCCCCAGAAACGGAAUCUCCUCUACAAGGCAGCUUACACUCAGAGGGCUCCAGUGGCAGCAGCACAGGGAACACCCAUGAUGACUUUGUUAUGAUCGACUUUAAACCAGCAUUUUCAAAAGAUGACAUUCUUCCAAUGGACCUGGGGACAUUUUACCGUGAAUUUCAGAACCCCCCUCAACUCAGCAGCCUCUCCAUUGACAUUGGAGCACAGUCCAUGGCAGAGGAUUUGGACUCGUUACCAGAGAAGCUGGCAGUCCAUGAGAAAAACGUCAAAGAAUUUGAUGCUUUUGUGGAAACCUUGCAGUGAAGCUGUUUCCCAGUUCUGCUGCAGCAAUUCUUCCUCCUCAAGCCAUGCCGAAGAUGACAUCAACAAAUAUCUCUAUCGCCCCUGCUCUGCCUUUUGUUCACAUCGACUCAUUCCUUCCAUCAAGUGAGCUUUCUUUUCUC